AUGAUUCAAUACAAACUGAUUUAUUUUGAUGUUCGGGGACUUGGAGAAGUGUCUCGUCAGUUGUUUCAUUUGACUGGAACUCCUUUCGAAGAUGUCAGAAUUCCAAGAAAUAAUGAGAAAUUGUGGAAAGAAUUCAAGAAAUCAACCCCAUUUGGUCAACUUCCACUGCUGAAAAUUAAAGAUUCAAUCUCUGAAACCGAAAUUGAAAUCCCGCAAUCUUCUGCAAUCGGAAGGUAUUUGGCGAAAAAGUUUGGAUAUUCUGGAAAAACUCCAGAGGAAGAAGCGAUGGUUGAUGCUGUGAUCGACCAGUUCAAAGAUUUUUUGGUUUCUCAAAAACAAUUAACAUUGGCUUUUCGGAGUAAAAAAUCAGAAGAUGAGAUAAAAAGAAUAAUUGACGACGUUGUUAAUCCGGCUAAGAAAAUCUAUUUCGAGGCUUUGAUCAAACUUUUGGUAAAGAGUCCUUCAGGAUACUUGAUUGGAGAUAAUCUCACUUGGGCAGAUCUCCAAAUAGCUGAUAAUUUAACAACAUUGAAAGGUUUUGGAUUGUUUGUAUCAUCAGAAGAGCCCAUUCUAUCCGCAUUCCAUCAGAAAAUCAUGAAUAUUCCUGAGUUGAGAAGCUAUUUCGAUAGUAGACCUUUGACGAUGCUAUGA